UCGAAAUGCACGUUCGGGUAUGUGCGAGCUUCUGAAUGUUGUCUGAGGCCAAUAUUAAUUCGGCUCGAGUGCGUCCAAUUCAAUCAAGAAGGCAUUAUAAUAUGGCAUCGUCGUCGUGUCUGGUCGUUGUGGCUUUGUCACUCGUCUGUUUUUUGUAGCCUUGGCUAUCACCUUCCCCUCCCCCAACCACCUUCUCACGCCCCUUUCAUACUUAGUGCUUCUAGUCUUGAUGUACUUUAUAUUGUCGCCAUGCUCUUGUGACGCAAGUGCACACAGUUGGCCAUCGGCUUGGUAUAAAAGCUCCAGUUGGAUGGUAUUCAAAAUCAGUUCAAAACCAAUUACGGUAUCUAGAGCAACUACCAUUCCCCCCAAAAACCAAACAAACCAAAUCAAUCCAAAAAUGGCAUUCAAAUUCAUCGUUCUCUUUGCUGCCUGCAUUGCCGUGUCCAGCGCUGGCCUCAUUCCCGCUGCUGCCCCCUUGGCUGCCGUCGCCCAGGUUGAGGAAUACGAUCCCCAUCCCCAAUACACCUACGGCUAUGAUGUCAAGGACGCUUUGUCCGGUGAUUCCAAGACCCAAGUGGAGAGCCGCGACGGUGACAUCGUCCAGGGUCAAUACUCGCUGAACGAUGCUGAUGGCUAUCGCCGUAUUGUGGACUACACUGCCGACCCCAUCAAUGGCUUCAAUGCCGUUGUUCGUCGUGAACCCUUGGUGGCUGCCGCUCCCAUUGUUGCCGCCCCAGCUCCAGUUGCUCCUGUUGUCCGUGCUGCUCCAGUUGUGGCUGCUGCCCCUCUGGCCGCUCCCGUUGUCCGUGCUGCUCCUGCCUUCGCUGCUGCUGCCUACACUGCCCCCUUCACCUAUGCCGCUGCCCCCGCUCCAAUUGUGAAGACUGUUGCGCCAGCUGCUGUUGCCGCUCCACUGGUUGCCGCCGGCCCAGCCAUUGUCAAGACCCAAUUCGCUUCGCCACUUAUCUCGUAUGCCUAUUAGAAACAUAAAUAUGCCACAAUAGGUCAAAUCCGAUCCGAUAAUUGCCGUUAGUUGUUAUUGAAUAAAGAAAUUGAUGUCGAGAAUAUA